AGCAAGAAGCGUGGGCGUUCCGAGCUGGGUAUCUUCCACAACAUCCUUUGUUAACGUCUCAAAAACCCUAAACCCUCCUGAAGCGCUUCCUUUCGUUCUUCUUGAUUCCUUGAUCUCCCUCCUCCUCUCAGAGUUCCUCUUUUAUAGGAUAACAAGGAUCAAUUUUUCCUUUUUUAUCUGUUUUUCUUGGAUAGAAUUGCCAUGGUGCGAUCAAAAGCAGCUCCCAAGAAGCCAAAACGGGGAGUAGAUUUCAAAAAAAUAAAGAACAAGAUAGGCCGGAAGCUGCCCCCGCCGAGGAAUGCCACCAAUACCCAAAUCAAAUCCAAAGCGAUUGUUCUUCCGGAGCAAAGCGUGGCAUCGGAGAGAGUUGGCUUGGCCGUGAACAAGAAGGGGUUGACGUUAAGAGAGCUCCUUCAGCAAACGUCCCAUCACAAUGCGAAGAUUCGGAAAGCUGCUUUAACUGGUAUCAAGGAUCUUGUCCUAAAACAUCCAUCAGAGCUUAGACUCCACAAACUUUCCAUCAUAGAGAAGCUGCGUGAACGGAUUUGUGACAAUGACAAGGGGGUUCGUGAAACCUUGUAUCAGCUCUUAAAGACUGUGAUCUUUCCUUCUUUGAAAGAGGACAUAACUGGGGCGGUGAUAUCUUUAUUAAUGGCAUAUAUCUUCAAUGCAAUGACUUAUAUGGCAGUUGAUAUUCGACUGAUGGCUUUCAAGUUUUUUGAGCUUCUUGUUCUGAACUAUCCAUCCUCCUUCAUGUUGUAUGCUGAAAAGGUUCUUGACUAUUAUAUAGAUGUUCUAAGAAACAACCAAAUCUAUUUGCAAGACAAGAACAAACUUAAGAAUGCUCUUGGUGGGCUUGUUCAGUGCCUUUCUUUGUUGGCUAGCAAGAAUGAAAAGGAGGAUAGGUUACAUGAACCAAACCGAAAUGUUGUUGAAAAGAAACGUUUGCACACUUUUGAACCUGAGAUAUGCAAGGAUGAUGCAGGAAUUUCUUCUAUUGACGAGAAACUGGUAGAUCUCGUGCCAAUUCUCAUCAAUUGUUUCCAAGAAUCCGCAACAUUGAUUCGUGUGAUGCCUGGUAUCGAUGCCCAGUCAUUUGAUUGUAUGUUGUGCACACUUCAAUGUAUAAAUCUGGCUGUCAAAAUUGUUGUUCAGAAGAUAAAGAAGCCUUGUGUGAGUGCUGGACUUUUUCCUCCAUCACUAUCUGAUGGGCCUGAUAUGAUGAGAAGUUCCAUGUUUGUAUACUUAAAGAAAUUAUGGGAAAUAUUUCCAAUUGUCCAGAUGCAUCAAUCCGCUGAAAAGGAAGAUGACAGAUACUUCACCUUGAAUGUUACUAUCACUGAAAUAUUUUUGCACCUGAGUGAAUGGAUUAAUGAUGGCACCCUUGCAACUGAGAAAUUUCUUGAAUUCAUUGAAAAUGUUCUACUUGGGCAGGCUGGGACCCAUGUGCUACGUAAAAAGGUUCACGUGGAAAAGCAUUUAGGCUCAGUGUUGCCAUACAUACCAGGACUUGUAUCGCAAGUUAUGGGCAGUUGGAAAACUCGUCUUCUAGAGGGUUUUACUGGUGCAUUUAAAAAUUGCAAGGUGGAUAGCAAGCUGAUUUUGGCAUACUUGUCUGCAUUAGAAGAAAUGCUAUUUCCUAUGGAAAAUCAAAGUCUGCUGUCAUUUUCAUUCAGCUACCCAGACUUAUUAAGCCAUCAGAUUGCAUGGGUACAAGAGCUUCCUAAGAUUCUAUUGCAAUUAGGGGACAAACACCCCUCUUUGUCAAAGGUUGUUUUAAAACUUAUACUUAAAACUGGCCAGUCCUCUCUGCCAAACUCCCCUCUUGCAUUGGAGUAUGACUAUCUGCAAUGGCCACUGAGAGAAUUCUAUAGUACUAGAAUUAUUGCAGGGACAAUACAAUAUGGACCUUUUACAAAACUCCCAAAUGAUUGUCAGGAACUUGCCCUUUGUUGCUUAUAUUAUUUCUCAAAUUUGAGUUCAGACUUUCUCAAAUCAUUGAUGUACUGUUGUUUAUGUGAUGAUUUGGAGCCACUUAUAUUACUAAGAAUUAUAGAGGUUUUGCACUUGUCUUAUAAAGCUGGUCAUGUUCAAAUUUCAGACCAAAUUGGUUUCUUGGUCGCUUUAGUUGCACGCUUUAAAGUUUUUCCUGAGGAGAUUUGCAUGGAGAAUGAAGGAAUGGUCUCGAAUCGGAAAACUUUCAAGUCUCUCACUGGUGCUAUUUUCACAUGCCUUUCUCAGAUGGGUGACAAUUCCUUGAUUCUAAACGUGCUGUGCCAGAACAUAUUUAAUGAGAUAUCACAAAAGCCACCUCUAGAUAACAUUCAUGGGCUGCUCAGAAUGAUCAAUGCACUUGAUACCAGGCCCACGAAACUUUCAGAGGAGAACAUUAGCAGCCUAGGCAACUGCCUCUCUAGCUAUAUGGUUGAUGCUGCUUCUUACAUACCAGAAAACAUUGAUGUGGUCGUUCACUCUGAUGGAAUCAGCAUAUAUCAAUACUAUUUCCAGCCUUGCAUCUUCCUGUUUUACAGAAGUGACAAGCUCUUAUAUUACAUAUUGAAGUUCCUUGAUUCGUUGAUAAUAGAAGACAACAUGCUACUUUCUUCUUGUUCUGAUGUUAAAUUUGCAUCUGAGCCUUUAAGAAAAGCACAUGCAGUUAUUUUUAUCCUAAUCUUCAUGUAUAAUGAUGGGAGACUCCACAGAAAUCUGUCUUCAAGUGAAGCAACCAUCAAACAUAUUUUGCAGAACAUAUGCAGGUUACUGGGGUCGAGCAAAUUUAAUAUGACUCUUGAAGAAAGACAUAGAAUACAGAGCUUGUUUGACCAUCUGAAGAUCAGGGUAUGCAAACUACAUUGUUGGGAUGUAGAUAAUCUGGAAAAAGUAUGAGAAUUCAAGUUAUACAUGGGAGUUUUUGUUAUCUAAAGAACUUGGUUACCUCAUCCUGGUGGUACUUCCAAGUCCACAAGACAAAGUUGCUAUCAGAGUAUCUUUGUAUUUUUGAAAUGUUGAUCAAUGCUGCAUUGAAAGUUCAAGAGCAGUUCUUUGGAAUUCUGAUAAAAGAAUACCAUCUUCAACUAACCCUGCAACCCCCUCCCCCUUCACACACGCAAAAAUUAAAGAAUAAUGAGCAAUGAGAAGAUUCUGCAGCAACAUCAUCAUGUAGGAGGAUCAAAUGCUUCUCAAGAAUCUUGAAUGAAUUCUUCCACCAUAUGUUGUAUGGUUGCUUGAUUCAAUUUUGCGGUCCAUUGAAUUGGAGCGUCCACCCAUAUAUUUAUCCUCCAACAUUUGCGGCGGCCACAGUACAUAACGGACAUCUGUUAACCUUACACUACUGACCGAAUUGUGAUUGCCAUUUUGGCAUCAAUUAACUUUGUAAGCAUUUAUUAAAUUGCAUCGUGUCAAUUUAUGUAUCGUGGUAUUUUUCUCCAAUGUAGUAUUUUUUUAUUCUUUUAUGAAUAAAGUAACAUUAUUUUUUUAAUUCUGUGCCAGUUUUUCUUCCAAUUGUAACAAUAGCAUGAAUAUAUUUUAUUAGCAAAGAUGGAAGAUGCUUUUACGGUA